UCGUUCCCUGCACCAAGCAGCACCAUCAACCCGUGCGUGCUCCGGCUGCACCCACACCGGAGGACUGCACUCAGCUGUUCCGUGCCCCGGGUCGCACCAUCGAUAGAGAGCAGCGGGGCCGUCCCCCGCCGCCGUCGCCGCCUCUGCGUCCUCGGCCCCCGUCUCUGGUGUCUCUGUGCUCUCGCCACCCCUACAGCUGUACUUGCUUGAAUUCGCUGUCAGUCAGUGAGUGUCAGUCGUAUGAAUGCCCGACAGCAGGAGUAUCGUCUGAGUUUAGAACUGCGUCAAGUGAACGACGCUGUAUCCUGCAUUUUUCAUUCACUUCUGGCUCACAGGAGUGUCGCAAAGUUUCAAUACAAGGGAGAUUCGAACUACUCAUUAGGUUCUCUUGGUAUCAAGGAAGUCGAAUGCGAGAAUAUUGAUCUUACAUAUGUCAAAAUCAAUAGCGAUGCAUUAUCGUACCAGCUGGAGACGGAGAUACAACCAUUCAUAGCUGAUUUAGACAGCACUGUCAAUGCUGCAGCUCUCCCACGUCGACAUACACCAGUCAGCAGUCCUCUUGCUGAAUCAGCAAUCCCACUGCUUGGGGCUCAGAUAAGCUUGGAGUUUUUCCAACGUCGCCCACGUCCAUGGCCACUAACAACGGAAUCUGUAGCAUGGGAGCGAUGGAUAUUACUUUUGGACAUUUUCAAGGCUAAUUCUUAUGAUGAUCUUGCACGGAUGCGUGUCUCUGUAGCCGAAAGUGUCGGCGAAAUAGUCCUUCAAGUGUGCAGUUCCAUAAAUCGACAGCAGUAUCUACCAAAAAUGCCGACAAGAACGGAGCUCUCAAAUGUCUUUGACUCAAACCUACCGGAUUGUCAACCCUAUCUCUUCAAAGUCUGUCGCACUCCUAUCAGACCAGAAAGUACCACAAAGACGGGCUUUGAUGGAAUGCGGCGGUACAUACGCGACCUUAUGAUAAACUAGAAAUUUGCUCAAGUCAAUAUCGUUUCACAACUUGCAUAUUUUACGUGUCUUUGUCGAGGGGUAUACAUGCCGCUAUCAUUUAACAAAGACUGCCACUAAUCUGUAUCAAGCUCCCGGUUUAAGACCUUGUCUUUCCGCAUUUGCGGGUCUACUUAUUGUGAAGUCGUUUGCGUUCUAGUUUUAGGUUUUUGUUUUGCUAUUAUUGAAGUCAGACAAGUUAUCUGACUCCGAUGUUCUUGCAUUUUCUGAUCAGCCUAUUAUGUUUGAGAUUGCUGAAUCGCAAGUUUUAGCUAUGCGGCUCUGCGUUAUGUUGUCAGUCGCAUUAUCUCAAUUUGAUAAGCUGUUAUUCCUUAGUGUACAUUGUUCCAAUUUCAUGUUAGUUCAUGGUUCAUCAAAGUCGCUUUUUGUUCGCCUUCUCCAUAUUCCAUGUAAAUAAUGUGCAUAUUUUCUGGUUGUUCGUGUGCAAAUCUCAAUUUUUCCCGUUUUGUUUAUAAAUUACUUCAUUGAGCUUUGUAUAAUUUUAGGAAGCCGUUGAAGCGGCUGCAUUCUCUCUGACUUUGUCUCAUGUCUCAAUUUUUUACUUCGCUAAUGGUGU